AUGGACAAGAUACCUGGAGAUGGUGGCACACAGGCCGACUCCGUCUUCUCAGGCAUAUCUACAUUCGGCCGCCUCCCUUACUUUCCCUGCCUCGCCUCCCACGAAGAGAAAUACGAUAUUGCUUUCUUAGGCGCCCCAUUCGACACAGGCACAUCCUACCGCCCCGGCGCUCGCUUCGGUCCCUCAGGAAUCCGUCAAGGCUUACGCAAAGUCCGUUUCAGCGGUGGCUACAACGUCCCCCUCGGCGUGAACGCCUUCAAUAAUUGGGCUAAGAUCCUCGACUGCGGCGACAUACCAGUCACGAGCUACGACAACGCCUACGCUCUCUACCAAAUCGAACACGGCCACAAUAGCCUCCUCACUCGCACUCCAGCCACAGAUGCCACCAAGCCAGGGAUAAGUAAGAAAGGCCGUACGUUGCCAAGAAUAAUCACCCUCGGCGGUGACCACACCAUUACCCUCCCUCUCCUGCGCUCCGUCACCGCUGCUUACGGCCCCAUCUCCGUUAUACACUUCGACUCCCACCUCGACACUUGGCGGCCGAAGGUCUUCGGCGGAGCCCCGACCGAGCAAGCGAGCAUUAAUCACGGCACCUACUUCUAUCAUGCGCACCAGGAGGGGCUGUUGGCGAACGACAGCAACAUUCACGCUGGCAUCCGCACAACACUGAGCGGCAUGUCCGACUAUGAAAAUGACGGCUAUUGCGGCUUUGAGAUUGUGGAGGCACGCGAAAUCGAUACUAUUGGUACGGAGGCGAUCAUUCAGAAGAUCAGGAAGAGGGUCGGGACAGAGAAGCCAGUGUAUUUGAGUAUUGAUAUUGAUACUCUGGAUCCAGCUUUUGCUCCCGCGACUGGCACCCCCGAAACAGGCGGUUGGUCGACCCGCGAGCUGAGGACUAUUCUGAGGGGUAUCGAAGAUGUCAAUAUUGUGGCGGCUGAUAUCGUGGAGGUGGCGCCUGCGUAUGAUACCAAUGCUGAGCUGACGACUAUGGCGGCAGCGGACGUGCUAUUCGAGGUCAUAAGCGCUAUGGUCAAGAGGGGGCCGUUGAGCGUUGGAGAGAAUAAGGCUGGUGGCAAAGAGGGUGGGGCAAAAGCUGAGGUGUGA